AUGGCCUCCGCAGCUCUUUCUGCGGCGGAGCUGGAGGAGCAGUUCGCCAGUGCCAAGGCAUACCUCAUGCAGGCGGACAAGGAUGGCGUGAGUGCAUAUGACCAGCUCACACGUCUCAUGGAGCUUCUUCUCGAGGACAACCCUGAGAACGUUGCCGGAGAUCCGUCAAAGCUGCACGAGAUCUUAAGCUUCAUCCAGACGCACAGCUUUGUAUGCGGCGAGAGCACCUCAGCGUGUUGUGAGGCCUCGCAGUUGCCCGCCGAAGAGCUCCGGCGCUUCGAGGGCAACAAGCAGCUCUUUAAUCGCCCAGCCCCGGAGGUGCACACCAUCAUCGAGCAGCCUGAUCCGUACACCACCAUUACCACUACCACCGUGGUGCCGCUGAAGGCGCCAUCUUUCGAGUCCAUUGCGGCGCAGAACAAGUUCUGGACUGCCGCGGGCUGCGGCCUUGCCGACGAGGAGGCAUUCCUGCUUGACCGCUCCGUCACCAACCUCGCCAUGGAGAAGAACUUGCAGGACAUCAAGUUCUUUGGCAAGAUCUUUGGCACGCACAGUGACUACUUUAUCCUACGCACGCGGCGCUACGUCGAGGCAGGUGAAAUCAUCUACGUGGAGACCAACACGAUGGGAAAGCCACAGCGAAAAAAGGGCAUUGUGCCCGUGCAGGCUGAGCCGGGUUAUGUCGGGGUGAAUCGCUACACGUUCUGGGUUACCGCAUCACCCUCCGACAAGUGGGAGAAGUUGCCAGAUGUAACGCCGCAGCAGAUCAACGCGGCCCGCGAAACAAAGCGCUUCUUUACGGGAGACUUAUCGGCGCCUGUCGCAGCAACGUUUCCGUGGGGGGAGGCCGCGUACCUGCGAGCGCAACUGGCGCGUAUCACCAGCGGCACUACCAUUGCUCCCCAAGGUGCGCUCGAGGAGCCAGAGCCGGAGCCGGACACGGAGGAGGACGAGGAUGAGGACGCUGAGGGUGGUGCGCCGCGCAAGCCGAAGGAGGCCAAGUACAAGCCGCUGGCAGUCCCCUCGCCGGUGUAUGAUGAGGAGGAGGUGGACGUGGCGCAACUGACGACGGACCGCUGGGUACACGUCGAGGGGUACAUUUACAAGAACGGUAGGCAAACAAAGGUGCCGGAGAAGCCUGAGCCGGAGGAGGGGGAGGAAACCGAACCCGAAUCGACCGAACCCGAGGGCGAUGCUGAGGGUGAGGAGGAGGAGGAAGAGCCAGAGGAAGAGGAGGAGGUGGAGCUCUUCGCUCCUAUCCAAAGCGACUACCUCUACGGGGUUGUCGACAUCCCGCAGCUGCCGCCACCCAUCAAUGACGAGGACGAGGAGGAGGAGGAGGAACCCGACGAGGAAGGUGAGGAGAAAGACCCCGGGGAGCCGGACAACACGCCACUGAAGCCUUUACGCGACGAUGACGUCCCAGAUGAUGAUUCCACCAAGAUGAAAAUUGCGUGCUGGACGAUGCGCGUGGAGAACAAUGUUAGUAAGGCUCACCGUAUUGCGGUGGUGCAAUCCCUUCGCUGGCCCGGCGCCACUGCGUACGCGGCUGAGGGUGGCAAACGCUGGUCUUGCGUGUACUUUGGCAACGGCCUGAAGAAGACAGAUGCGGCCUUCACGCCGUCACCCGCACCCCCCGUGCAGUCAGAGUGCGCUGAUAUCACAGAGGUGGCAGACCCGACCUCCACCGUGGAGAAACUCGUUCGCCGCGGCGAGGAAAUCCCCGAGAUCGACAGCGAGGCGGAGGCGGAUGAGCUGGAGGAAGAGGAAGACAGCUAA